AUAGCUGAUAUCUUAUCACUACCUAAAAAUGUACUUUUAACAAUUUAAUAAAGUUGAAAGUAUACUAGAUAAAUCUUGAUAUGUAUGUCUCAAUGUUAACUGGAUUAAACACCUUAUUACUUCCGUGUAUACACCAUCAGUGACUAGGAUUCUUUGUCUGUUGAAAACACCGCACUAAUACUCAAGCGUGCAAAUUCAAGGAAAAAAAUAUUUCUCAGUUCCUGGCUGGUUUUUUUCUUUGAGAUCCUACAUUUGAGUCUUAAAACUUAAUGCCCAAAACUCGUCAAUCUAGAAAAGCACAACUUGAAGACUCAACCAUUGAAGCAGUUGCAAAGUAUAUAAAAGAAAAAGAUGUCAAAAAUAUAAUCGUAAUGUCCGGUGCAGGUAUUUCAACUGCUGCUGGCAUUCCUGAUUUUCGUAGUAAAGAAACAGGUCUCUAUCACAACCUUCAAAAAUUUGACUUACCUUAUGCAGAAGCAGUAUUUGACAUUGAUUACUUUGUUGAAAGGCCCGAGCCAUUCUACGCUUUAGCUAAAGAACUAUACCCAGGGAAAUAUCUCCCAACGAAAACGCAUUAUUUCGUCAAGCUGCUACAUGAAAAAGGAUUGCUAUUGAGAAACUUCACACAAAAUAUUGAUACACUUGAACGAAUGACUGGGUUGGACGACAAGUAUAUUAUUGAAGCACACGGCAGCUUUGCGACUGCUUCAUGCGUAGAAUGUAAAACAAAAGCUGAUUCUCAUUACGUUAAAGAGAAUGCACUGAAGGGUCAAGUACCACGAUGCAAGGAGUGCGAUCAACUCAUCAAACCAGACAUCACCUUUUUUGGAGAGAAUCUGCCAAAGAAAUUCUUUAAACACUUGACAGAUUUUGAAUGCGCUGAUCUGUUGAUUGUUAUCGGUACCAGUCUCCAAGUUCAACCUUUCGCAUCGCUUAUUGAUCGUGUACCCGAUUUUGUACCACGACUUUUAAUCAACAGAGAAUUAGCAGGUGUUCACCACUCGAAAUCCAGUGGAUUUGAUUUCAAAUGGCAAUUUGGAUUGAAUAGAGAUGCUGUCUAUCUAGGCUCAUGCGACGAUGGCGUUGAAAAGCUUACUCAAUUGUUAGGUUGGGAAAAAGAUCUGGAACGACUAUUUAUGGAGGGACAUAAUAAAUUGAAGGCAAUCUGGAAGGCUGAGCACGAGGCUGCUCUUGCAACAGCAGCAGCAGAAAAGGCUGAAGAAGAAACAGAAGGAGUGUUUGUGCAAGAACAGGAUGAAGAUGUGGAUAAACUAGCAGCAGAACUUGAAAAAUUGACUGCUGAAGAAAAAAGAACUGAAAUCAAGAAAGAAGAAGAAAAGAGAGCAUUUGACGGAAAAAAGGAGGACAUAGAGUCCUCAGCUGUUAAUACUAUUACAGAGUCCAAAACCUUUCUGAGCAAGUGAUCUUGCUAAUUUCAUUAAAUUAGUUGGUGCAUUUUCGUCUUUGUAUAUAGUUUACCUUGUAUAAUAUUUUUAUUAUAUGUUGUCAUUAUCGCACCAAUAAAGAAUUUUAAAACAUCGAUGAACAGGAAAAAACUCCACUGCAAGCGAGUUAUUUAAAAAUUGGGAAAUU